GGGCCGGCGCGGCGAGUCGCGCGGCGGAUGGAGAGUCUGGCCGCGGCCGGCGGCGCCGCCUCCUCCUCGGGCCGGGCACGGCGGGCCGGGGCCUUUGUGUGAGGCGGCGGCGGCGAUGGUGCUCGGGGCCCCGCGGAGCCGGAUUAACCGUGCUAAUAAGGAGAUAAUUUCAUAGGAGCUGCUAAGAUGGGCAUGAGGAUCAAACUGCAAAGCACCAACCACCCCAACAACCUGCUGAAGGAACUCAAUAAGUGCCGGCUCUCGGAGACCAUGUGCGACGUCACCAUUGUGGUGGGGAGCCGCUCCUUCCCGGCCCACAAGGCUGUGCUGGCCUGCGCAGCUGGCUACUUCCAGAACCUCUUCCUGAAUACUGGGCUUGAUGCUGCCAGGACCUAUGUGGUGGACUUCAUCACCCCUGCCAACUUUGAGAAGGUUCUGAGCUUUGUCUACACAUCAGAGCUCUUUACAGACCUGAUCAAUGUUGGGGUCAUCUACGAGGUGGCUGAGCGUCUGGGUAUGGAGGACCUCCUCCAGGCCUGUCACUCUACCUUUCCUGACCUGGAGAGCACUGCCAGGGCCAAGCCCCUGACCAGCACCAGUGAGAGUCACCCUGGUACCCUGAGUGGUCCUUCGGCAGAACCUGCCCAUCCCCUUGGAGAACUCAGAGGUGGUGGGGACCACUUUGGUGCUGAUAGAAACUACGUGUUGCCCAGUGAUGCUGGAGGGAGCUAUAAAGAGGAAGAGAGGAAUGUUGCCAGUGACACCAACCAUAGCCUGCCCCUGCCUCAACCACCACCACCACCACCACCACCAAAGACAGAAGACCACGAUACCCCUGCUCUCUUCACAUCCAUUCCUAGCGUGAUGACCCAGCCAGUCCUAGGCACUGUCAGCACGGGCAUCCAGAGCAGCACCAGCUCCUGCCAGCCAUACAAAGUUCAAAGCAAUGGAGACUUCAGUAAAAACAGCUUCCUCACCCCUGACAAUGCAGUAGACGUUACCAUUGGGACCAACUCCUGUCUGAGCAAUAGUGAGCACUCCAGAGAUCCAGGCUUUGGGCCGAUGGAUGAGCUCCAGAUGGAGGGCCUUGGGGAUGACGACUUGCAGUUUGAAGACCCUGCUGAGGACAUAGGCACAGCCGAGGAGGUGAUUGAGCUAAGUGAUGACAGUGAGGAUGAACUGACUUUUGGAGAGAAUGACAAUCGGGAGAAUAAGGCCAUGCCCUGCCAGGUGUGCAAGAAAGUUCUGGAACCCAACAUUCAACUGAUCCGGCAGCAUGCUCGGGACCAUGUGGACCUGCUGACGGGGAACUGCAAGGUCUGCGAGACCCACUUCCAGGACCGAAACUCCCGGGUAACCCAUGUCCUGUCCCACAUUGGUAUUUUCCUUUUCUCCUGCGACAUGUGUGAAACUAAGUUCUUUACCCAGUGGCAGCUGACCCUUCACCGACGGGAUGGCAUAUUUGAGAACAACAUCAUUGUCCACCCCAAUGAUCCCCUGCCAGGGAAGCUGGGUCUCUUUUCAGGGGCAGCCUCCCCAGAGCUGAAAUGUGCUGCCUGUGGGAAAGCAUUGGCCAAAGAUUUUCACGUGGUCCGGGGCCACAUCCUUGACCAUCUGAACUUGAAGGGCCAGGCCUGCAGUGUCUGCGACCAGCGUCACCUUAACCUCUGCAGCCUCAUGUGGCACACGCUGUCCCAUCUCGGCAUUUCAGUCUUCUCCUGCUCUGUCUGUGCCAACAGCUUUGUGGACUGGCAUCUUCUAGAGAAGCACAUGGCUGUGCACCAAAGCCUGGAAGAUGCCCUCUUCCACUGCCACUUGUGCAGCCAGAGUUUCAAGUCAGAGGCUGCCUAUCGCUACCACGUCAGCCAGCACAAAUGUAACAGUGGCCUUGACGCACGGCCUGGUUUUGGGCUACAGCACCCAGCUCUCCAGAAGCGGAAGCUGCCAGCAGAGGAGUUUCUGAGUGAAGAGCUGGCACUGCAGGGCCAACCUGGGAAUAGCAAGUAUAGCUGCAAGGUCUGUGGCAAAAGAUUUGCCCACACAAGCGAAUUCAACUACCACCGGCGGAUCCACACAGGCGAGAAGCCAUACCAAUGUAAGGUGUGCCACAAGUUCUUCCGAGGCCGCUCGACCAUCAAAUGCCACCUCAAGACACACUCGGGGGCCCUCAUGUACCGCUGCACAGUCUGUGGACACUACAGUUCCACCCUGAACCUCAUGAGCAAGCAUGUCGGUGUGCACAAAGGCAGCCUCCCACCUGACUUCACCAUCGAGCAGACCUUCAUGUACAUCAUCCAUUCCAAAGAGGCAGAAAAGAACCCAGACAGUUGACUGGGUCCCGCAGAGCCAGGGGGAGCACCCAAGCAGCAGCCAGGACGUUGAUUUCUAAGGGCUGUUGGUCCCUCCCCAGCUGAAGUUAUAAUUUUGCCUUGGUAGGAAUUCUGUUCUGUGUUUGUGUUUAAAGAAGAAAGAAGAAGAAAUAGCACACAAGCUGUUACUGUUUUUGAGAAGCAACAGCCCUAUCACAUUUACCUCCAUACCUGUUCUUGCCCAUGAAGGGCUAUGUUUUUCAUUCUUUUUCGGCUGAUUUUGGGAUCUAGUCAAGCAGUUGGUGUCAACUAGAUCCCUUCCCCAGCCUCUCUAGUUUUAGUUUACUGAUAGGUUUUAUGCUGCUAAGAAUCCAACCAACAGCCUCACUGAACAGAGGAGGUGAAGGGAACUUUUCACUGUGGGUGGUACUGCCAGGCCUCCAACUGGGAUGACCGGCUUUGAGAAAGAUUGUGGGAAUGCGGUUGUUCAGAAAAGACAGGUCAGCAGGGCAGUCCCCUCAGUUUCCAGCCCUCGGCUGGGUAUCAGGGAUGUAGGUGUCUGCUUACUUUACGGCCCUAAUCUGCUGAUUGGACAGUGAAAAUCUUUUGGCAGCUAGAUUCACACUGGGGACAGAGCUUUCUAUUUAGGUCAGAAAGCUUUGGGUUGAAUCCCUGCCAGCCACAAGGGGUGCUCUGUGGUGCUACUAGAAGUGGCAGUCUGGAUGGACCAGAAAGGUUUCUCUUUUCUCCUCAUUUCCAAAGAAACAUGAUUUUAUGGAGUCAUGGGCCGAUAUGUCCGGCCUGUGGGGCAGAGAGGAUAGGGAACCACUUUGAUAUAGUCAUUUCUGUUGUGGCUACUCCUGUUGGCCAUGAGUGUCCUGGUGGAGAGGUGGGGAUGUCUCUGACAGCAGCAGCCUUGCCUUAAUUUAUAUCUGGUCUCCCACCCAGAAGUGUUUGGCCCAUGGUGUAGAUAAGCUGACUCCAUGAGGUGGUGGAGUGGUGGACCUCAAGCCCUUUGGGAUUAAAGGGACCUGAGUAGCUGGUGGUGUGUAGCAGGGUGUGCGUUCUGACUGUGCUAGUCGGGUAACCUGUUUACUUUGUGCUGACAGUGUGGGAGAUUUGGCAGCUCACCUUUGACCUGCUGGAAUUUAUCCUGAGCUGUCAUUGCUGUGACCUCCAGGGGGCGCUGUUGGAUGGCAGCUGGUUCAGGCCCUCCCUGGGUGGCUGCAGAGUGUGCCCGCCCAGCCCCCGCAGCUGGUUAGCUCCACUCUUACUUGGUUUUCUAAGGGGUUUUUCCCAAAGAAGGUUUGAGGGAGAGGGCCCUCGAUCUUGCAUACUUGCGAGGUGUCACCUCAGGAGCUCAUACUACCUCACCCUGCUCAGGCGAGCCCUGGCCUCAGCCCCGACACUGCCCCUGGUGGGAUUCCAUAGCACCCCGGGAUGUUUCACAAGCAAGUGGUUUUCAUUAACUCGCAAAGCCUUUUUGGACAUUAAUAUUUAUUUAUUUUUGUUUUUGUAUACCUAUUAUCCAGCAUCUCUUUUGUGUAAGAGACUUUAGGAAAAUGAGUUUCUCGCCAGCAAGUAGCCAUAUUCCAGAGAAGUCUUGACCAGAGAUUUGGAGAACCAGGAGUGUUGACUAAGGGAGGACAUGUCAAGCCCUUAAGCAAAUUCUUUUAUUCUCCAGGUUGUCUCUAGCAUAAUAAAACCAGUGAAACCUUUAGGCCAUGGGUAUAUGUUCUAGAAAGUUUGGACCAGUUUAAUUCCAGGCCUUUCAUCCCCCUUCCAUCCUGUGAUGGAGUACAUUGAGGAUGGGGUUGAAGGGAGCAAGUGACAUGAAGGACCUUUUUGCACAGUUUGGAAGCCUCCUGUCCUUAUUUAUAUUGAGACGUCAGACAAACCAAAGCUCCAUCCCUGUUGGACCUGCUGCUUCUCCCCAGCCCUGAACUGAUAAAGCCACAGAGUUGGAGUACAUGGCUCUCUGAUGUGGUGACUAUUAGAUGAAGGGACUUGUACAGUGGCCAGUUUAAAGGUCUACCUUAGACCAUCUAAACCCACCUUAUUCAGUGUCCCCUCAGGACAUUCUCAUCAGGCAGUGUUCUCAUCAAGCAGUGUUGAGACUUCGUUACUGACUGGCUCCCUUUCUGACACUGACCAUUAGAAUUUACAAUCAAGUGUCUGCUACAUUUUCAAGCAUGAGCAAUCCCUCCCAGACUGUUGGUGAGGACUGAUUUUUGAAAUACUGGUGUGAGAGAGGCAGUAAUUACUGGAACCAUCCAAGUGGCUGAGAGUGGAUUAAUGUGCUGGAGAAAUCUUUUUCCUUAGCAGAGGGCAUCAUGGAUGCUGGGUGGUCUGUGUACUUAAACUGAAACUGUGAAGUUUUCCCUUUUUUGCCAGUAAACCAAAAAGCAGAUCCUUGAAACACAAAACAAAAAAACUGCACUACUUGAUCCCCCUGGGGCUAGGUGGUUGAUCAGGGUGGCCCGGUUGGUCCCAGUCAGAUACGUCGUAGGAUCAGUAGCUCAUGAGACUUGUUGACUAAACCCCUAUAUUCACACCUGAACGUCCCCGUUCCUCACCCACCCCCAAAUCAUGUCUGCUUCCUCUGCCUCUAGCUCACCCUCUUCUGAAUGGUUUUACUUGAAACACUACAUGGUGGCAGAGGGCACCCCGGGAUACCUGGUAGAAGGUAUUCAUUUUAUUUUGCAUUUUUAGUUGUUUUGACUUUCUGUUCAUUUGGUUUUGUUGCUCCCUCUCUCCUGGAGCCCAGUUUCGUACUGUCUUCUGUGUUCCUCUGAAGUUCUGUUUGAGCCUUGAAUGUCCUCUUCUCCCUCUUUCUUGGUAUGUACUCAGGACCAGCCACAUCAUUUGUGGAACCCUCUUAUUCACAAAUUAUUAAGAAUUUCAAGAUGGUGAUCAUAGAGCAUCAGACCAAAUAUGAGGCCAUUCCCAACUUGUCUUCUGAAGAGAAAAUGGUAAUACUUGUGUGGCACCUGGGGUUAAACAGCAAAGCCUCCAUGUGGCCAGAGGCAGAGAUUAAUAUCCUGGCACUCCAGUGGCCCACUGCACUGAUGCCACAGCACCCGCUGGGAAGCUCUGCUAAAUCUUAGUAUUUGAUCCUACAUUUUAUGACUCCAUGGAGUUCCCAUAGUCUGUGGCUAGUUAGGAAGAAAGGAGGUGGGAUGGGGUCAGGCCCAGGUGACUUGUAAGAAUAAGGAGAUGGGUAAAAGGUUUUUUGACAUCCUUCUUUUCUGAUCUGUGAGUACCUGUUUGUCUCCAGGCCAAACCUUUGGGCUUAAAUACCUUUCCUAGAUAGGUUUCUGCUACUGUUGAAUUUUCUUCCUCCUCUAGCCUCCUGCUGUGCCUCCUUCACCAGGCCCCAGACUGACUACUCAACUUCCCAAAUUUAAACUUUCUAGAUAGAUGCUGAAUUUGUUGGUAAGGGAGUGGGCUCUAUGGAGUGGUCUGUGCCCAUCUGGGACCCUUUUCCCUAAAUCCUGCACCAAAUGUGUCAGGAGGCAGGGUGCACAGCGUUAGUUUCAAUGUGGUUAUUAAGCUUCACAUCAGAAUGAAAAUGAAACUCUCGAUUUUGAUGUUUCUUUAUAACCCUUCCCCAUCCAAUCCACUUGCCCACCCCCCACCUUGAAUAGCUAAAGUCUCCUAUGAAACAGAUACGAGUUGAUGUCUAACUCCUUCCAUUAAAUUAAUAAAGUACUGACCUCCUAAUAUUUAAGUUUACUAUCUAUUGCUGUAAAGUUUUGUAUAUUUUGUAAACUUUUUUUCCCCAAAUAGUAGAUGUCUAAAAUCGUUGUACAUCUGAUUCUUUUAUAUUCCAUUGUUCAGCACAAAGUGUGGUUUUUAUUUAGAAUAAAAAAAGAAAUUUGAAAUGAGA